GAAAGCUGAUGGUGGCUAGCAGGCUGAGAUUUAUGUACGAUAUUUAAGAGAGUUCACUAACACCAGCAAGAAGGUUCAGAGAAGGCUGACUUUGUAGAGGAAUUCCAUACUGCCCACACACCACAUAGCAGGAGAGAGAAACAUGCCUACUUUAUCUAAUUUCACACAGACACUGGAAGAUGUCUUCAAAAAAGUUUUUAUUACAUAUAUGGACCACUGGCGCAGGAACACAACAGCUGAACAAGAGGCACUCCAAGCCAAAGUGGAUGCAGAGAACUUCUACUAUGUCAUCUUGUACCUCAUGGUGAUGAUUGGAAUGUUCUCCUUCAUCAUUGUAGCCAUCCUGGUGAGCACAGUGAAAUCCAAGAGACAGGAGCAUUCCAAUGACCCCUACCACCAAUACAUUGUGGAGGACUGGCAGGAGAAGUACAAGAGUCAAAUUUUGAAUCUAGAAGAAUCAAAGGCCACCAUCCAUGAGAAUAUUGGGGCAGCAGGGUUCAAAAUGUCUCCCUGAAAGGGAGAAAGUCACCAAGCCAACACCUGACAUCCAGACAUAAAGAGAUGCCAAUGACUUGAAGCAAAUCUAAAGUGUCAUUGCUUAAAAUGAGUUCCUCGUUCUCUACUGAGAAUUUUCAUGGAGAUUAUGUGGCUGACCAACUAAGACAGAUGACAUUUCAAUCUCAGUGACUUAUGCUUGCUUAUCAGAGCAAUAUUUUAUGCUAAAGACUGCUUCUACUUUCUGGGCAAUGUCAAUGUCAUUUUAAUCAAUGUCCAUAGUGAAAAUAAAGCCAAAAUUGAAGUAAAGUGCCCAGGC